GAGAUUCACCCUUUUCCUGGAAUGCGCAGUUGGCCGAAGUAUGUGUGAUAACCGUCCUCAGAGUUGAGAAAACGACUACACUAUUCUUCCACGCGAGUAACAAGGAGAUCGCUCAGAGCGUGGAAAUCGAAUUUAGACUGUCAGCUAAAGUUCCACCACCUCAACGACUAAUCACUCGGUCAACGUUGCGUCUACUAUUACAAUGGCCCAACCAGCUGAAAACCUAUCAAUUGCAAGAGCUCACACGAAUCAAUGCCAGUCUGGCACAUGCGCUCAGGGUACGAGUUAAUCCGGAAGUUAGUGCUAGCAGUUUGUUCAUUUACGACAUUCUACAAUUUUUCACUUCUGUAAAUGACUCAGCUCCU